AUGAAGGACCUCCGGACACGUUUCGAGGCCCUCGGUUGUGUGUGCAAGAGUCUCACCGACAAUUCCUUUGAAGCGCAGCCCGGCUCCCUCCGCACCCAAAAGCAGAUCAACGAUGUCGUAAAAGAGCAAGCAGAAUGUUAUCAAGACUUAGUCCGUCUGGAAGAGGCAAAACUUUCCGCGGCAAAGUCGUCCAAGACCCUUCUCGAUAUACCUUCCGAGCGCAAUCGCAUGACCUUCGGCCUUCCAGUAUACCCCCACAUUGUGUUGACGCCGGCAGGGACGUGGGCGGACCUGGAGUGUGCCCUGUGCAAUGGAAACUCGGUUGGUCCGUUAGGUCGUCGUAGUUGUUCUAGCAAAUACCUCAAAGGACUCCACGGAUUUACCUCCCAUAUUCAGCACGUUCAUAGCAACCCGGUCACUGUUCGCAUUCAAGCUCUGCACAGUUCGUGA